UAUAAAACUGAACAUUGUAGAAAUUGGGAUGAAAAGGGUUUCUGCAGAUAUGGAAAAAGAUGUCGUUAUGCCCAUGGUACAGAAGAAUUACGUCCAAUAUUACGCUCAAAUCAAUACAAGACAAAGAUUUGCCGUGCUUAUCAUGAAAAUGGUACUUGCUCUUAUGGAAUUCGGUGUACUUUUAUUCAC